CGUCCGUGGGCGUGGCGUAGCAGGUAGUCUGGGUAGCCAGGCAACUUGUUUUCGCGACUGGAAGAAAAAGGAAUCUUUCCUUAGUAUCGUUGGGCUUCAAUUUCCGUGUCGACUCCUUUCUCCUCCUUCACGCAAGACAUCUCAUCCAUACCCCACCUCUCAUCACAGCGUUGGUUUUAUCGGGAGCGGCAGGUGUAGACUGGAAGGAGGAAGCCUCGACAUAAAUCAUGCUUUGUCGGGAGCAGUCGGCUUUGGAGCACGGAUCAUGACAUGCGGCUUACCAGAUCUCCAUAAGCGCGGUGCCAAGGAUCACGAGUGAACAUGGGGAUCAGGUCCAGAAAUGUUGCUAACGGUUCAGAGGAGCAGAGGGACAAAAAGACAUCAGCCCUGCCCGUGGACUUGGACCAAGAGGCUGGGGUGGACAAAGAUGGAGCUCUCUUGUUGGUGGCUCCGGGUCGGGAAGAUUUCAAAAGGAGCACGCAGGGUUUUGGACUGUUGGCCAAGACGCCCCUGGGGUACACGCGACCCGUUAAGCGGAAUAACAUCAGGAAGCGGAGAAUUCAAACCCUUAUUUAUGAUGCCCUGGAGAGACCGAGAGGAUGGGCGCUACUGUACCACGCGUUUGUAUUUUUGAUUGUGCUGGGAUGUUUGAUAUUGGCCAUACUAACAACUUUCAAAGAACACGAAAAGGCCUCCGGCCAUUGGCUUGUUAUAUUGGAAACAUCCACCAUAUUUGUCUUCGGAACAGAGUUUGGGUUGAGAAUAUGGUCGGCAGGCUGUUGCUCCAGAUACAAAGGAUGGAGGGGGCGGCUCAAAUUCGCCCGCAAGCCAUUAUGUAUUUUAGAUAUUUUUGUGCUGAUUGCCUCGGUUCCGGUGGUUGCUGUGCGUAACCAAGGCAAUGUGCUUGCCACGUCUCUGCGCAGUCUGCGCUUCCUGCAGAUUCUGCGCAUGCUCCGCAUGGACCGCCGUGGAGGCACCUGGAAACUACUGGGUUCCGCCAUCUACGCACACAGUAAGGAGCUGAUCACCGCUUGGUACAUUGGCUUCCUGUCCCUCAUUCUGGCCUCCUUCCUGGUGUACCUGGUGGAGAAGGACGAUGUCACCAUGGAGGUGUCGGAUACUGAUAGCCCCACCAUUAAGCCCGAACCCCAGGACUUUGACACAUAUGCCGACGCUCUGUGGUGGGGCCUGAUCACAUUGACCACCAUUGGUUAUGGGGACAAAACCCCAAAGACGUGGGCUGGGAGACUGUUAGCUGGCACUUUUGCUCUCAUUGGAGUGUCAUUCUUCGCUUUGCCUGCAGGCAUCUUGGGCUCAGGCUUGGCUUUGAAGGUCCAGGAGCAGCACAGACAGAAGCACUUUGAGAAGCGUCGGCAUCCAGCCGCUGGGCUUAUUCAGUCUGCCUGGCGAUACUAUGCCACCAAUCCCAUCAGAGAGGACCUUAUUUCCACAUGGAGAUUCUACGAAACGGUCAUCUCAUUACCCUGUUUCAGGCAAGAUAAUUUGGAGGGCAUAGCAAGUCAAAAGCUGAGUUUGCUGGAGCGUUGUCGCAUGCCUAAUUCGCGACAGUCGACAGUAGUGAGGGGCAGGGUGCUGAUGCCGGGGAACCCGGACAUUGAAGAGAGUCCUUCCAAGGAACCCAAACCCGGCGGCUUCAGUAACCGGGAGCGGUUUCGCACAGCCUUCCGGAUGAAGGCCUACACCAUGCGUCAGAGCUCUGAUGAUGCUGGAGCCCUGCAGGACCCUGAGGAGAGGGGCUUUCCUGCAGACAUCCUCCUGGAGGAGAUGAUCCCCACGCUAAAGCUGGUCAUCAGGGCAGUCAGGAUUAUGAAGUUCCUCUUGAACAAGAAGAAGUUUAAGGAGACUUUGAGACCUUAUGAUGUCAAGGAUGUGAUUGAGCAGUACUCUGCCGGCCACCUAGACAUGCUCUGUAGAAUCAAAUACCUCCAGACAAGAAUAGACAUGAUCCUCGCCCCUGGUGCCCCUCUGACCCCGAAACAUAAGAAGAGCCAGAACAAACAGAACCCAUUUGCCUUUCCAACUCAACAGUCACCAAGGCAUGAGUCCUAUCUAGCCAAAGCAUCCAUUCCAGAUGCUGACCAAGACCAAAGCAUGAUGGGUAGAUUUGUCCGAGUGGAGAGACAGGUGGAGGACAUGGAGAAGAAGCUGGACUUUCUGGUGGACAUGCACAUCCAGCACACUGAGCACCUUCAGGUGGACUCGGCCGGCGCCGCCCACAUGACCACGGAGCCCCUUGACCAUGUGACAGGCAACACGGGCUCUGACGGCAAGGAGGGCUGUGGCUACACUGAGAUCCGCCGGGUCUUCUUCAACUACACCGAGACAUGCCCCAAAAUGUCCUACCAGGUGCCUGUGAGCAAAGUGAUGCCUUACUACAGCUAUCGCAGGGAGCCCAGUGCUGCAGCUGGAGGGGCGGAAGGAGUUGGGGGACUGGGGCUGCCUGGGGGUGGCUACAUCCCCCCUGACCAUCAAGUCCCACCUGGCCACCACCUAGCCCCGAUACCUACCUACACAGAGCGGCCCAACGUACUCCCCAUCAGCUCACUCGUGGACACCCAGGUGGCUGGACGGGAUGGAGGGCAUGGGCCACAAAGUCCCUACACGGAGCACCUCACGCUGGGGCUGGGCAGGACCAUGGGGCAGAGAGCGGUGACGGACACUUCGCCGCUAUCCAUGCUCUCUGUGAACCACGAGGAGCUGGAGCGCUCACCCAGCGGGUUCAGUAUAUCGGGGGAGCGCGAGGAUAGGGAGGACCCCACGCUGGGGACAGCAGGGGGGUCGGGAAGGUUGCAGGACAGCCGUUACCUGGCAGAGGGGGAGACAGACACAGACACGGAACCCUUCACGCCCAGCGGGGGUGGGGGGCAACUCCCCAUGUCAUCCACAGGAGAGGGCUUCCCUGAUUCUGUAUGGAACACACCGCCCUGAGUCGCACCUCAUUUUUAUUCCUUAAUCUUACACCUCUUCACCAACCUUAUUUAGUUUCAGUCAAAUUGACAACCUUAAGCCCCUAAACCCAUGCCUCUAAAAGCCAAUUGUCUUUGGGUUAAACGGACAUCACUGAACUCAACCUCAUGUGCGAGUUCAAUCGGCACGUCAAUUAUUUUGGGUGACCCCAAUUCAAUCCGGAUGUAAUUGACUCUGAAAGCUGAGUCAAUUUGGUUUACACCCUACACUCGUUGUGUGACCCAAUGGCCCAGAGAAAGCUAAGGUCUCAAGACUGCGUACACACACGAAAAGGAAAGACACCGUUUGAAUAGAUAACAGACUUUGUACAGUACAGCGCACUCAUCACAACAUACAUAACGUUAAGAUGAAAAAUAAAUAUAGCAUUAAUAUAAAUAUAUACACCCAACCUUUAUCGCUGCAAAGCAAACCGCACUGCAUGUACCGCAUGCAAUUUUAUGUCGUAGACCCUGCAAUGUUCAGGUUUCAGGAAAAAGAAAACAAUUUUGAAUGGUACUUAUAAAUACUGUCAUUUUUUGUAAUACUUAUUUUUUUAUAUAAAUACAUUUAAUUUUUUUUGCAUGGUUUGCAUGAUGAUGCACCAUUUACAGACAGUUGACCUGGAUAUUUUUAACAAAGUCUCCUGUCUCAUUCUUUAGUACGGUACAUGUGUUGCUUACUAAUGUAUGUGUGAGUUGGGAAAAGAAUGACAAGCCAGAGAGAAAAGACAACUUCUGCUUCCUUUUUGUCAAUAGACAAUAUAGGGAUGCCCCUUCUUUCAUGCUGUGCGGUUUUUGAAAGGUUGUUUUAGUUCCUAUCAGAAAUACAUUGAAACAUAAAAUCAUAGUCAUUAAUUCACUAUUAUCCUUAAAUGAGAGACAACUCUUCCUCUUUGACACACCACAGAUUUAUUUGGCAUACAGUAGUUUUUGCAUCUUAAAAAAACUUGUAAUGACACAUUCAGGACAACUCAAGUAAGUUCUGUGAUGAGGCAUGGUAAGAACCAAUUCUUGCAUGAUAAGUUACAGACCUGACAGAUCAUUUGGCAGAUAGGCUUAAAGUGAAUUUGCACAUGCCACGUCUAGAUUAGAAUAAACGGUUAUCUUGCAAGAUUGCAUCACAAAUUCUGAUUCCAUAAUUUAAAGAAUACAUAAUAAUAUUGUAUGUACUUAGACUUAUGGCAAAACACUAUAUAAAUAGUACAAUAUCUGAAAACAGCUAGAAUAAUACCAUAAUAUGACAUAUGUCUAUGCCAUAAAUAUAUAAUCUACAUAGUAUGUAAAAUGUGAACAGAGACAAUAUCAUUAUAUUUUAACAGAAUGUAAUGACAAGUGUAGCAUGAUGUAGGUCAACUUUAACGAUAAGUGAAAAAAUUGUGUAAUGUCUUAUUUUAUUACUGAGAGCAGAUUGGAAAAUAAAUCACAGUGAUGUGAAUCACUUGAAGAAAUAUGAACAAAAGUGAACAAAAAUGUCGCCCUCACAAAUGGAACAUUGAAGUUUUUUGUGUUUUUCCAAAAUUGUUUAUUUUCUUUUUGGUUUAAAAGGGAAAAUGCCGUUUCUUUGUAGAUGUCAAUCCAGUGGGAAAAACUGUUUGCGAUUACGUCAUUAUGCUGUCUUUUAUGACGCCCUAGUCUGAUGAAGUUUUGCUAACGUCUUUUAAACAACCAGAGAAGUAUAAUCUGACCAGAUAACAAAAAUGUAUUGGAACGAAACAAAAUGGCUUUAUCUGGUUGUAAUCUGGUUAUAUGGCAUCUUCUCAACCAGACAUACAGCAUCCAGACAAAGUCUUUAAGACUUGCCAAAUGUUAGACUCAAAGGUUUAUCUAUCGACAUGUUUAUAUUUUACAAUACAGAUUGAAUUGAUAGAACAGAUUAAAGACACAAAUACAAAAUGUAAAUAAUUCUUAAUUUUAAACAAUGUUUUAAGUGAGAAGUAGACAUUGCUCUGACCCCGAAAAAGAAAGGAAAUUCACAUGAGCACCACAAUGCCUACUCUACCCAUGCUAUACCAAGGUUUUUCAGCAAACAGCUUUGACCUACUACAGUAGCUAUGAUGGUCUAUUGUACUUCAAACAAUGUGUAUGCAGGUUGCUUAGGAUUCAAACCUUCUCAAACAGCCUCCUGUAAUUCAUAGUCUUAGAAUUGGUGCUCCCACUAUAAGGUGAUUUGUACCGCAUUCAACUUCAAAUAUUGGCAGUGAUAUUGUAACCUUUAAUUUGGCCUCUGCCAAAAGAUCAGCCUUAAUGCCACAGGUGAUGUGCUUGCAUAACUGCAAGUGUUGCUGGUUUAAAUCCUGUUCUGUUUGCUGUAGCCCUUUAACGCCCUAAGGUCGAUGUCUGCGCCACUGCGGAAAUCUAAUUAGCAUUAAAAAAAUCCCCAUAGAAAUCAGUCAGUUUGAGCUAGAGAUAUAUAUGUAAAACCUCCACAUUUGUGGUGAAAGGUGACAGAGAUGGAGCAGCGUUUGUCAGACCAUGAAACAUCCAGAAAAUCAGUCUUCUCACAAAAUCGUCUCUAGCGGCCAAACUAUUAUGACCACUCUAUGGAAAGAAGAGACUCUCACGAACAUGAUGGUGUUCUCCGUUUUGCUCUACGGCCCCAACAAGCGUCUUGUCUGAAGUCGGUACAGCCGAUCUGCCAACUUCUGUCUGUAGCGUCCGCUCAGUUUGGGCUACACACUUAUAGGACCCCUCUGUGUAACGGUGAGACUCGCACAAACAUGUUGGUUGUUUUGCUCUAGGACGCCCACAGGCCUCACAAGACUCGUCUGAAGGUCCCCCAGUACCAGUUGAAAAAAUGAAUGGAAGUAUAUAUAUGGAGACUGUUUAGUGACAAAAAUAAGGGGUGCAUGUUUUUACAUGUUUUUAAAAAAAAAUUACAUUUCCUGAUCUUUCUUAUAUGUGACCGACUGGCUCAAAUCGGUCUUAAGUAGCAAAAUUUGACAUUGUGUUUUUUUUACAUUAGAGAAGAGUAAAGACUACAACAUGGUAUAUAAUACACUACAUUUUUGAGGAACAAUGGGAAAGUAAUUAUGCUUUGAAAGUUGAUAAACUUGUACUCACUUUUGAAAAAUGGCCUUUGAAUGUUUUGGUACCUAGAGUGAAGAGCUAUUCUUUGUCUACACCCAUUCAGCAUCGUUCACACCCUCUUAAGCUUUAGCCCCACCCAUCUCGUUUCGAUCUCGGAGCACACACUUGACGCUCUGGCCAAUGAUUUGUUUACCUCUAGAUAACAUGAAAACAGCCUAACCAGCUCUGCUGGCAACAAUUUCAUUACGCUUUUUUGCUGACGUUUACUGACACCGGCCAUUUUCAACUGGUGUGUGUUCGUAAAUUCAGUUAUUCAGCGCUCUGGCGUACUCAGACUGAAUUUACGAAAGCACCUGAAAUUGAUCAUUUUGUUAAGUCAUGUAGCUAGGUAGCUAGGUAAACAACGUGUAAGAUCAUACACGUCACGUAACGUUAGCUAGCAAGCCACCCAUCUAAAGUUUGCUAGUUAAACAACAAUGAACAUAGUGCCAAAUCAUGUCGUUAC